AAUGGAAACGACGACGUAGCAUGAGUUCUCUAUGCAUCUCUCCUUGCCCUUCUCCCUGCGCGCCGGCGCCAGGAUUCGCUAAAGAGAAGGCAAGGAAGAGUUCGCUUCAUCGACUCAUUGUGUACGGUCAGGGUUUAUCAAACCGGACUACUCGUUAACAUCAACUGAUUUCGUGAUAUUGGUCUUGUAACUAGUGGUGGUGAACCAUGAUUCUUGGAAGUAAUUCCAUCCAAGAAACUUACUAUGAUAUUCUGUCUGUGAAGGAAGAUGCGAGCUAUGAAGAAAUUCGCACAAGUUAUCGAUCUGCUAUUCUUAAUUCUCAUCCAGAUAAAUUACAUUCUGAUCAUGAGUCAGGAGAUAGAUUUUUAAGAGUACAGAAGGCUUGGGAAAUCCUUGGCGAUGCCAAGUCACGUGCAGUCUAUGAUAGUGAGCUGCGAAUUUCGAGACAGGAUGUAGUGGCCUCAGAAGACAUCAGCUUGGAGGAUAUGAUGAUUGAAGAUGCUGGAGAGGUCAUAGAACUCUUUUACCAGUGCCGAUGUGGUGAUCACUUCUCUGUUGAUUCGUCAGAGUUGGGUAAAAUGGGGUACACUUUGUUGAGGGAUGGGACUGAGAUAUCUUUAAGGACCCCUGAUGCUUUACAGGCAUCAGUUGUUCUCCCUUGUGGUUCUUGUUCAUUGCUUGUUCGUCUGAUGAUAAAUCCAGAUAUUAAAGUUCCGAGUGAUGGUUGUUUGUGAUCAGUUUACCUUUUUUCAAUUCUAAUUGAUGAUUAAGUUAUUCUUUUAAUUGUGCUAUGAAAGCAUUAGAUAUGAAGUGAAGCAGUUGAGGUCUAUGGCAGCCAUAGGGAGCAGAUGAAGAUAUUCUAUGUUGUGUAACUUUUUUUAUACCGAGUGAACAAUCUUGAGGAAAGUUUCCUCGAUCAUUUUUGAGGAUAUGUUUAUCAGAAUGUGAUUAGGUAUGGUUCUGUUUUGUUGUAUGUGUAGUGCAAUGUGAAAACCAGGCAUGCCUGCUGAGACCAAGGAUGAUGGAACUUGAAACAUAUAGCAUUUGGUCCCAGUAAGAAAUAAAAUUCAGCACCAAUUCAUGGGGCUCGGUAGUUGGCCCCGACAUGGGCUCACCAUAUAAAGCCUUAUGGCCUGUGGCUUGCCCUGCAAUGGUUAACUUUUCAAAGCUUAUACAUGUUGAUGAUUGAGUAACCAAACCAAGAAGCCAGAAACAGGGUAACAGAGAAUCGACUGAUCCCAAAAACAGUCUGACUCGUUGUUGGGGAUAGUUUCCAUGGCAAUCUUUAAAAAUUUUACAUUAAUUUUCGUACUUAAUCUUGUUUUUUAAUGAGCAAUUAGUUCUUAACGGAAAAGAAAAGGGUAAGAAAAAUCGAAGGAAAGUAGAUUGAUCUGCUCCACGUCUCGAAACGUCGAUACGUCAAUAAAUCCGAUCCUUGGCUUUAACUCUUUGGGCUGUCGGAUGGGCGAAGCUUUCUUGCUUGUCCAACUAAUUCACGCAACUCAGAUGGACCGAUUACACAAGAUCAAAACGGAAAGUGAAGCGUGAAGCCCAGGUUCAUUGACUAAAAGACUCUUGGAAGCUGAUGGGUUCUGGGGAAGGAAAUCCUCGCUUCAGUGUCUUUGAUGGAGUUAAGACUUUCCCAUUAACACCCGAGGCUCUCAUGGCAGAGAUCAACACAGCUAUUACUAAUCUCGAAUAUGCACGUGCUACAGCUCUCUUUGACCCCCCAUCUUCAUCUAUGUCGAGAAACAAAGGCCAUGAUUCGCCUAGGUAUGAUACCCGAAUGGCUGAUGAGGCUUAUAAAGCUGGAUGUGCUGCACUGGCUGCUGGAAAGCUUGAUGAAGCUUUCCAUUCUUUGAAUGUUUCUCUCUCCAAAUGCCCUCCUGAGAAAACCUCUGCUGUUGCCAAGCUUCAGUCUCUGAUAUCUCUCACUUCUCAGCAACUCCACAAAUCUUCUGUUUCAAAUUAACGCUUAUUGGUAUCAUGGUGGCACUACUGGACAAAGCUAUCCAUCAUUGGUUGCUUUCAUCUCUAUCAUGUUGCCUUUUCCGUUCAUUAAAGUUUGUCUGAGGUUGGAAAUGAUUUUUCCUGUUUCUUUUGGCUUGACAAGUGCAAUAGUUGGGCUGUCCUAUCACUUCAUGACAUCCUGUACAGUUGAUUUGGGAAAUCCUCUUGGUGAUUCACAUCUGGGGUCAAGGAUGGGGAGAGAUGCAGCAAGCUUCUCUCUUGCCCUUGCUCUUUCUUGGCUCUGGGGUAUCAAAACCUGCUAGUCUUUAAGGUGGUUGAACUAUGUUGGGCAUAGACCGAGUAUUAGGAAUGUAAUUAUGAUGUUUAUCAUAUCAGAUUAGUUUCUGUAACUCUUACACUCUGAAAUGUUAAUCGUUUAUUCUUCUGCUUUGACAUAAAAAUUUCAAUGAAGUUACUUGCCGAUCAAUUGGCUAUAACA